CGAAAUACGGAAAACAAAUCGAAGCUCCUUUACCUCCUGAAAGAGUUGUACCUUCUGCUCCAUUUACUACCACAGGAAUUGAUUUUGCUGAACCUGUGAAUAUUCGAUGUUUGAAAUCAAGAGACACAGCCUACAUAACACUAUUUACUUGUGCAACAACACGUGCAUUACACAUUGAACUUGUGUCGGAUCUUACCACAGACAAAUUUCCUUUGGCACUACAACGUUUUGUUAGCCGCAGAGGACUCCCACACACAAUCUAUACCGACAAUGCUACCACUUUUCAGGCAGCGAAUAAGGACUUGAUUCUGCUAUGGCAAGUUCUGUCAUCAGCUAAAACUCAGCAAUAUUAUGCCCAAAAUGGCAUAACUUGGAAAUUUAUCGCCCCACGAGCGGCUUGGUGUGGAGGCUGGUGGGAGCGCCUAAUAGGAGUUGUCAAGCAAUGUCUACGAAAGGUGCUCGGACGAGCACUUCUUGACGAGGAAGGUCUGUCCACGGCCCUCAUUGGAAUAGAAGCCGCUCUGAACAGCCGACCUUUGGUAUACGAAGAUGGAAAAGAUGACAGUUCCACAGCCUUAACACAAGCCAUUUCUUGA